CUGUCUGAACAACAGGUUUCAGAGAAGGCUACAAGGACUAGACAGACACAAAAACAUUCCAGUUCUUGUGCCACAGUGACCACUCCAGUCCUUCUUGGAGUCACUAUGGAAAGAGAUAGGAACAUCCUGAAAGUUAUCCAGGACCUCAAAAAAGUUGUCUCUGCUAUCCUUUGGGGAUAUGGCGAACAAGAACAACCAGUGACAGAUGCCAGUGCUGAACUGCAUGGACUGUGUGGCUACGUGGAGCUCUUGCUACAGUUUGAUCAGAAAAAUCAGAAGAGAUUCUUGGGACCCCGGAAGGAUUACUGGGACUUCCUUUCCAUGGCCCUGCAGCGGAAUGGUGGAAACAUGGAAGGCAUUCGAUUUGUCUAUGCCCAGGACAAGCUGAAGACCACAGUGGGGAGAGGUCGUGCAUUUAUUCGAUUCUGUCUAGCCCACAGACAGUUGGCUGACACUCUGCAGCUCUGCCUUCUGGACCCUGAACUCAUCAGGAAGUGGUAUGGAAGCCAAAGCCCCUUCCUGUGCCCAGAACUGAGCAUUGACAUCCUCGAGUCCCUCUACGUUCUGAAUGGAGUGGCCUUUGAUCUCGAGUUGCAGAGGUCCGACCUUGAUGGGGGCUGGCCUAUGUUCUCAGAGUCACCAUGCCGGAAUUCCAGUACUAUAAGCCAGGAGAAGUUAAGAAACAAACAGCGUCAAGAGAUCCUAGUCACACAUCUGAAAAGCAAAGGUGUCCAGUCCAAAAAGCCACUAACCCCAUUAGCUGGCCAACCCCCAGGAGAUGUCUCCAAGGGGGUCUGCCUGGUGAUACCUAACAGUUCUGGGAUACAAGAACCCCUGACAGAAAAGAAGAUAGAAGAUUCUGAGAGUACAAUAAGUCAAGGGGCACUUGAAGAUUCCAAAGAACUGGAAGUGGUCCCACACCUAAGCUCCCUGCUUGGGGAAAUUAGGAAGAUGCCCCAGGGGCAGGUGCCCAGCCUGCAUAAAAAGCAACAUGGAAGAUUCCCAGGAGCCAAGAUACCUGGGUCCCCUCAGAUUAGACAAGCGCCAGAACAGGAAAAGAUGCAUCAGAAAAAGGAAGAAAGAGUACAGUUUCUUGGAGGAGAGCCCGUUGAAUGGCUGUGUACAUCUCCAAAGAAUCAAACACAUGCAGAUCUCAGUGUUGUGGAACAGGAAGAUGGGGGAAGGAUAUCUUCAAAGACAGUGCAGAUUAAGGAAGAGCCCUCUGUCAGGGCUGGGAAGAAAAGAGAGCAGAUGGGACCAGAAGGACAGAAAAUGCUAAAAGAUCCCCCCAAAGGAAGGAGAGACCAGAGAUUUGCUCCAAAACACCUGCCCAAUGCCUUGGGGGAGAGGUUUGAGGAAGAACAGUCAGAACCCAGAAGGGAACAUGAGACCCAUGGAGUCCCAGAAGACUCCAAGAUCCUUCAAGACCUGGAGACAGGAAAGGGACAGAAAGGUAAGCAGGCUCAAAGACAGGUGCCUGAAGCAUCAGAGAAAGAUCAAGAGAACCUGAGAGACGCUGAGGAUGUAAUUAAGAACCUCAAGGAAUGUCUGCAGAAGGCUGAGGAACAGUCUCAGAAGAAAGAAAAACUACUAAUGAGCCUGGAGGAGAAAUUGAGAGAACUGGAGGAACAGUUAUUCAGGUGCCAAGGGCAGCAGUCCCAACUGAGAGGAGAGCUGGAACAAAGACAACAGGAGGCUGAGAAGAGAGAAGACCAGUAUCAACAGGACCUCAGUGAGCAGCAUGAGCUGGUCAGAGUCAUGAAGAGACGUCUGGUGGAGCUGAUUCAGGAGAAGGACAGCCUAUGGCAGAAGACUGAGCAUCUUUCUUCCCUGGCCCCUGGGCUCUGUAUAAUCUGUAGCAAGAUUUUUGGCCGUCUGUCUCGGAAAUAUCAUUGCAAAGGGUUCUGGAUUUCCACAGACUCUGUGGAAGCCUCGUCUGCCAUGCCUGUUCUGUGGAUUACAAGAAGAAAGAACGAUGCUGUCGAUCUUGCCACCAGAAAGGAGAAAUCUAGAUCAACUAAGUCAAGGUUCUCUACCUCAGGACUGAUCUCCUCCCUAUUUGAUGAUCCUUGGACCAUAAGCCUAAAUAUUUCCCAUAAUGAUGUCCUUGUCCCAUUACUAGCUAAGGUGACUUAGACAAGGUCCUUAUCUCCUAGGAACUUGGAACUCUAAAACAGAAAACAUUUUAGAUUGUGCUUAGAAAGAAAUGUAGGCAAGUACUAGAAGACAAUUUAUUGGAACCUAAUUGUCAAACCUAUUCAUGUAUGUAUUUAAAUGGUUUUUAAAUUAAAAUAGUGUUUGUCCUUCAUUUUUGAAGAGGACCAAAAACUUCACAGGCUGAUAUUUUGACUUGCACAUGAACUGAGUUUAAGUGGGACAGCCUCUCUCUCUCUUCCAGAGCCAUCAAAGUCCAGUGGCAAGACCAAAAGUGAAAACAACUAGUGAUGGAGUCUGACCAUGCUCUAGGCAUUCCACAGCACCUUUCUUGUUAGCUGUUGAAACAUGUUCUUAUCUGCUCAUUCCACCAAGUAAAGGUUACAUAUGUUUGGGGUAGACCUUCCCCGAACUCACCACAGUUCUUUAACAGCUCAGUUCAUAAUCUAACACAAUCUAGAUUUUUUAAAGAUAAUUUUUCUAAUGAUAAUGGUGCAACAUCCUCUGGGUGUCAUUAUUUCAAAUUAACAUCAUUUCUUGUACAAAGGUUUCACAAAAUUCACAAUACACAAAAAAUUAGAAGCCGAACCAAAUAUAAACAAUAUUACAUACUUUUAAAACAUAGCACGAAACUUUUUUCCAGAUAAUAUUAAUUCAACUGAAUGUAUUUCCAAUUUUACUUAUAUGAGAAAUUGCUUCUUCCAGAUAGCAAGUUGAUAUUCUGUAACAAUCUCAUUCAAAAAUCUGUAGAGUAAUUACAUUUAAGGGAAAUAAUAAAAGUUAACAUUUACAUAGUUCUCACUGUGUGCCAAGCAUUGUACUGAGCACUUCACGAUUAUGAUUUGAUCCUCACAACA